AUGGGAAAAGCGUCCAAAGCCACCAAGAAGUUCCAAACGAAGCAUUUGAAGCACACACUGGACCACAGAAAGAAACAGAAAGAACAUGCAAAUAAGACUAGGGGCCGUAGGGGUAACAAGAGCGAGCAAGAGAAACAGGAUUUGGCAUUGACGAAGGAAGAACAGCAGCUUCGUAAUUCUUCGAAGGAAGAGGUCUUCAAAGACAUGAGCGUGGAGGCCUUCUUCGCAGGAGGGUUCGAGGUUCCUAAAAAGAGCAAAGCUGCCAAGCAUGCGGAAAAACAGAAGCAAGCUGAGGCUGGCGAGGAAGACGAAGAUGAAUCUUCUAGCGAGGAUGAGGCUGGAAUGGCAGAAAGCAUGGCCACUUUGGCGGAAAAAGAUCCAGAGUUCCACAAGUACUUGCAGGAAAAUGACAAGGCUCUAUUGGACUUCCAGGGUACCAAUCCGCUGGAUGCAAUCAGCGGUGAUGAGGACGAGGGCCAGGACGAGGAGGCGGCUGAGGGGAAAGCGUCAGACAACAACGGCACUGUUAAGGAAACUGUCGAGGUUGAUCUCAAACUCCUCAAAAAAUGGAAAAAAGAAUUGAAUAGCUCAUCUCUCAAUGCUAAGCUCAUUAGAAACAUUGUCUCGGCUUUCAAGGCUGCAGCCAAUGCCAACAAGGAAGACCUAGUGGACACCUACAAAUUUGCCGUUACCGACGGAAAAGCUUUCCAAGAGCUCAUGUUUCUUGCGCUCAAGGACAUGCCUACAGCAAUUGUUAAAUCUCACCCAUACCAGAUUUCCAAAGGUGCAAGAACUCUUCCGAACAACUCGAACGUCACAAAGAUUUCCAGUGCGUUGAAAUCUCACGCUGGGUCCAUGAUUACAAUGCUCCACGACAUUACCAACACAGAGACUGCCGCCCUUGUUUUGCACUCGCUGGAUCAAAUUUUGCCAUACUUCUUGUCACAUAGAAGAAUUAUAAAAGAAAUCAUCAAGAGCGUUGUGGAACUGGGGGCCACAACAAGAGACUUGGACACCCAAAUCACCGCUUUUGCUUUCCUCAAUAACACUUCGCGUGAGUUCAAAAAAUCUGUGUUGGACACUGUUCUAAAAACAACUUAUUCUUCUUUCAUCAAGAGUUGUCGUAAAACCAACAUUCGUACUAUGCCUUUGAUCAAUUUCCAGAAAAAUUCCUCGGCUGAGCUAUUUGGAAUAGACGAGGUCCUGGGCUACCAAAUUGGUUUUGAGUACCUCAGGCAGCUGGCCAUUCAUUUAAGAAAUAGCAUUAAUGCUGCGACCAAAAAGUCCGCCAAAACGAACCCUGCUGAUGCCUACAAAAUUGUUUACAAUUGGCAAUUCUGUCAUUCUCUUGACUUUUGGUCCAGAGUCUUGUGCUCCCAGUGUAAUCCUGAAAAGGAGAAUGGUAAAGAAUCGCAUUUGAGACAGUUAAUUUAUCCGCUGGUGCAGGUUACGAUUGGUGUGAUAAGACUAAUCCCAACCGCCCAAUUUUUCCCCUUGAGAUUCUACCUUAUCAAAUCGCUCAUCAGACUUUCUCAAAAUACUGGCGUAUUCAUACCUAUCUACCCACUUCUUUCCGAAAUCUUGUCAUCAACAGCUUUCACUAAAGCACCAAAGAAACAGUCCACUCUGCCAGCUUUCGAUUUUGAGCACAAUAUCAAGUGUAACCAAGGCUACUUGGGCACCAAAGUUUACCAAGAUGGUUUGGGUGAGCAGUUUAUCGAAAUGAUAUGCGAGUACUUUGUUCUUUACUGCAAGAGUGUAUCAUUCCCAGAAUUGACAACUCCGGCUUAUAUUGCUUUACGUCGUUACAUCAAGACGUCUAAAAACAGCAAAUUCAACAAACAAGUGAGCAACGUGCUAGAGAAACUAAAGCAGAAUUCUGAUUUCAUUCUCAACAAGAGAACUGAGAUUGACUUUGGUCCUACGAACAGAUCCGAGGUGGAACGCUUUUUGAGCGACGUCCCAUGGAACAAAACUCCUUUGGGCUCUUACGUCCAGGUUCAUCGUGAAGUCAAGGAGGAAAAGGCUAAAAUUUUGAGAGAGAGUUUGGCCGAAGAGGAAGAGGAGGAUACCCGCCAAGAGUCGCCUUCGGAACCAGAUGCUGAAGAUGUCGAAAUGUCCGACGCCUCCGACAAUUGA